AUGAGCGGAUAUCUCUGGAAAUACUUCCUCGAAGAUGAUGUCGACAAUUUCCGGCAUGUUCUCUCGACCACCACGCAUACAGGCCGAGGGGCAACACCGAAGAAUCUGGCGGGAUGGCAGGGCGGCAUACACGCAACAGCGGUGAACGGCAGUCCAGGAAGCUAUAACGCGUCACCUGUAAUUGGUGGAAAGGGUCGGAAGACAGGGCUGGCUGCGACUGCAUCCAUCAGUCGCGCCGACAUAAACAGUCGCGAUGCGACUGGCAUGACCAUCUUGCAUCAUGCCGCAUCGUCUACAGCUGAAAGUGCCGUAGACUUUGCGCAGGCCCUUCUUGAGCACCCGUGGGCAGAUCUGUACAUACAGGACGCAGAGAACGGCUGGACUGCGCUUCACAGGGCCUUCUAUUUCGGCAACAUCGCCAUCGCUCGCUUGAUUCUGAACCGUGACACGUCAGAUAUACUGGGCCAUGGCUCUGCUGGGUUCAAUCAGCAUGCGCGGGGCCUAGUGAAGAUCAAAGACAAGGAGGGUUAUGGUCCCCUGGAUUUGUUUGCAAUGACCAUCAAGGAUCGGACGCUGAGACCAGACGAGUCGCCGCUUAACGACAUGGACUCCGAUGAUGAGAUGGCGCACGGAGACAGCGGCGAUGUCGACGAUGAAAUGCGCAAGCGGCUGAUAACCCCGCCUGUACUGCUCAAUGGCGACGAAGUCUACACGUUCGGGAGUAACAAGAACGUCACACUUGGUUUUGGCGACCAGGAUGAUCGGCAGUUCCCCGAGCGCAUCGUCCUCAGACGACCAGAUCACCUCCUUCAGAGGUUCUAUAGGGAGCAUCGGGAGCGACAGAGCCAGUAUGGUGUGUCUAUGGGCUUGCCACCUCAAGACUCUGGUUUCUUACAGCCAAAGGGCAUCGUAGAGCUGCCGAUCCAUAUCCGCAACACUCCACUUGUGAUACAGGACGUUCAGAUGUCUAAACUGCAUACGGCCGUUCUAACCACCGAUCCGGUGUCAAACCUCUACAUGUGUGGACACGGCCCUGGCGGCCGCCUUGGAACUGGUACCGAGAUGACGAGGUAUCAAUUUACAUGCAUAGAGGGUGGUGGCCUCAGCCAGAGGAAGGUAGCUGCCGUGUCCCUAGGUCAGAACCAUACGUUAGCGGUCACCGAUGACGGCGAAAUCUACUCAUGGGGUAACAAUGCUUUUGGUCAGCUUGGAUACGCUCUGCCGAAACCUGCUCUGAAAGAUGACGAUCCUAUAUCCACGAUUCCAAGGCAAAUCUUUGGACCCCUGAAGCGUGAGGUUGUCGCCGGCAUUGCUGCCUCCCGCAUUCACUCCGUGGUGCACACGACUACCUCUCUGUACACAUUCGGCAAGAACGAAGGCCAGUUAGGCAUAGUAGACUCGGACGCACGCUCGCUCGAGACACAGGUCAUUCCGCGCAGGAUCGCCGCAUCUUUGUUUUCUAGCCCCAUUCUAUCGGUCUCGGCUAUAGACGGUGCCUCGAUUUGUCUUCUUGAGAAUCGUGAGGUUUGGGUGUUUGCAAAUUAUGGAUACGCCAAGCUCAGCUUCCCUCUAGACGGCUUCACCAGCAACUUUCUGAAAGAAAGCUGGCUGACUACAAAGUAUGAUACCACGCCAAACAAGAUCAAGAAGAUCACCUCUGGAGGUGACACCAUAUGUGCACUAUCCACUUCUGGGGAGGUCUUCACUGUGGCCGUAAGUCGACGCGUUGAGGGCUCGCAAGAUGUGAGUACAUCCACAACCAAUCCUAAGCAGAUACGUGGAGCUCUUUCCGCACCCUAUCGGAUAUGGUCUUCGCAAAAGAGCCACAUGGCAGCAAGAGAUGUCGGCGUGGACCAAGACGGCUCCAUCAUUCUCACCACUGAUGUGGGUAGCGUAUGGAGACGUACAAAGAGAGCAACCAUCAAGAAUGCGAAUAUUACGGGUGCAGCAGAGAUCAAGCCUAAAGAUUACAAGUUCCAGCGUGUACCUGGGCUGACGAGGGUGGUCGCGGUACGUGCAUCAGCAUUUGGCGCCUAUGCCGCAAUACGAAAAGAUUGCGAUGUCACCAGGAACCAAAUCGGUGUGGACGAGCCCAGCCUGUGGGACAACUUGUCGCCGCUGCUCUCGUUUCAUGACAUGAAGAACUACGAGGAAACUUCUGACGACGAUGAUCCCGAACCUCGCUUCUGGACUCGCCGCACAGAUACUCAAGCUCUUCGCAAGCGUGCACUGAGGUCCAAGGAUCUGGAGCAAGAGGUUACGGAUAUUUUGCAACAGUCCUCCGCAGAACGCACUUACGACAUAGCCGUUGGUACCACUACUUCAGAUGUUCACAUUCCGCUCCACGACUUUAUGCUCUCGGGACGAUCCCGCGUCUUCCGACAAGCUAUGCUUGACUUCCGUGCACAAGAAACGGAGACCGUAAUACCAGAUCUGUUGACGAUUAGGAAGACCGGUAACGAAACUCUUAUUCUUUUCCAUGGCCUGGACUUCCUGACCAUCUUCAAUCUUGUUCUCUACGUGUACACGGACUCUCUAGUUGACUUCUGGAAUGUUACACGGCACUAUCCCACCCUAGCGUACAGGUAUCGCACGGUCCGCACGGAACUCCUGAAAGUGGCAUCCCGGCUGGAGAUGAAGCAGCUCGAACCAGCCGUCCGACAAAUGGUCAGCCCGCGCAGGUCGCUUCAUAUGGAUUUGGAAAUAGCAAUCAAGGAACCGAGCUUCUUCGCAAGUGGUGAUGUUAUAGUCGAUCUUGCUGAUGGCGAGAUGCUGUUACAUUCAGACAUCAUCUGUCAGCGUUGCCCUUUCUUCGAGGGACUCUUCAGAGGUAUGGCUGGAGGGCAAUGGCUCGCUGGACGACGCACUGAGGAGUCAUCUAUCGUCCACAUCGAUUUGUCGCAUGUUGAGACUCAUUUGUUUGAACUUGUCGUCCGCCAUUUAUACACCGAUGCCGGAGAAGAGAUCUUCGAAGACGUUACGAGUGAAGAUCUCAAUGAUCUACUGGCACUUGACGAGCUGCUCGACCAUGUGAUGGAUGUCAUGUCAGUUGCAAACGAGCUUAUGCUUGAUCGUCUCACACAGGUUUGUCAAAGGCUGAUCGGUCGCUAUGUCGCCGAGUUCAAAGACGCUGCUCUAGAGUACGUCUGCUUGAGCUUAGAGGCAGUAAUGCAGAACGGGUCUUUGGACGAGCUUGACGAGGAUCUUCUCUUGGAACUAAACCAGGUCGCACACGAUAAUCAGCUCGCAUACUUGCCAUUUGCCAGAAGUGGCCGUGCUGAGGCUGUGCUCUUUGACCGCUAUCCAGAACUCGCUGAGAAGAUUGAAAGGUCCAGGCGCGCCAAAGUCGAUGCUAUCGUACUUUCGAACAAGUAUGCUGACACCGAUGGGUUGUCAUCCUCCUUCAGAGCACAAAGUUUGGAAGAAGUCGCUGCAUCUCCUCUGCGGCAACGCACGAAUAGGCGAGCAUCGAAGGAGAUGAAGAGCCCUGCUCUAACUCCGGCACUGAAGGGCAAAAGCUCGGUUCAAGACCUCAUGUUUGAAAUGUCGGACGGGGAGGAUGAUGAAGAGCGUCUGCAAGAGAAGAUCAAGCCUCCACAGUUUACGAAGCGUUCUACUGAGACAAGCCGAGUUGAGACACCAAUUGGAUCCCCAGAAGCGUCUUGGGCGGCUUCAACGCAAACCGGGAGUAGAACCUCGCCUGGCGGGUUCGGCAAGGACAUGGACAUUCCUCUUCAGUCUGUCAGCCCUCUGCCUCCGCCUGUAGUUCAAGCGCCACGCCAGCCCGGACAGCCGUGGGGCACUGCAGCACUAUCAGGUGCCAAGCUCGACCUGAAGGAUAUCAUGGCCCAAACCUCCACAUCUACCCCAUCGAAUCUGACUUUGGGUCUGUCUCGCAAGGAGAGUGAGCAGAGAGCGGCAGCCUCCCACGCCAAGUUGUCACAAAAGGAACGUAAGCGGUUACAGCAAGCUCAGCAACUUGGUAGCCCCAUUGAGAAACCACAAGCAGCAUUUCCCGUCGUGUCUCCAUGGCAAGCAGCCUCGCAUCGCAAGCCCAGUGUUACUCCUGUUGUCGCUCCAGCACCACAGCCUUCGCCAAAAGCCUCGCCUCAAGCUUCGCGAGCGCCAAGCGCACCUCAGCUUACGAUGCGACAAACCAUUGCCAAUAAUGGAGCAGGAUCUAAGCAGAAGGGCAAGCGCUCUACAUCGCAAGCCAACGCAGAAGUAGCUGGUGCAGCAUCGCCGAAUCGUCCAGCUGCUAAUGAGAGGGGCAUCCAGAACCUCAGCAUGAUGGAGAUCCUCUCGUUGCAAGAAGCAGAAAAGAUGUCGAUCCGCGAUGCAGCAGCGAAGCGCAGCUUGCAGGAAAUUCAACAAGAACAAGAAUUCCAAGCAUGGUGGGACGAGGAAAGCAAGCGAGUCAUCCAAGAAGAGGAACAGCGCAAGCGAGCUGAGGAACGCGCUGUGCGCAACGCUGCACGUGGACGAAGUAAACCUCGUGGAGGAAGAGGAGGCAAAGGCAAGAAAGAUGGGGAAGCGGAUGGCGAUCGAGGAAAGCAGAGUAGGGAUACCGUGGACGGGGGAGGGGAAGAGGUCACCGAGGCGGAAGAGGUGGCCCAAGAGGUGGACGAUUGCAGGGACGACAGCGUGAUGGCGCAGCCACUUCUGGUGCUCCUGUCACGACCUUGUAAGCAUUAG